AUGAGCCCUAUUGAGACCGUCGUGCCAGAUUCGAUGGAGCCUCGAUCGCCCAGCAUGGCCGUAUCGCCCACCUCCCCGGCAAAUAAACCGUCUUCGAAUACACUGUCAGUGCUGAGUGCAGCUGCAGCCUCUCUCAAAGACAAGACGCAGCAGGUCGCGCAACAGCAGAAGCGCGCGCUCUCCGCGUUCCAGCAGAAAGGGGGUCUGGUGAGUUGGCUGCAUGGCGAGAUGGAUGAAUCGAGCCAUCGCUCCAUCAGUAACUUGAACUCGACUGCAUGGCCUGCGGCGUCAGCUCCGACAUCUCCAGCGACACAGCAGACUUUGGGUGAUUUUUUAUCGUUUGUGGAGACUAUCGACCGAGACGACCUGCGCACUCCACCAAGUCCUCGCUCACCUGCCGAGUCCCCGAUACCAGCAGCCAUUGCUGGUCGGCGACGCUCGAUGCCAAACAUGAAGUCCGGGUCCCUGCUGGACAAUUUCUUCGACAAAGUAACUGGAGCCACGACAGCGCCUACCGUCCAGCCGUCCCCCACAUCCCCACAACUUAGAGUCAAGCUUCGGCCAACAGUAUCUCCACCAAAGUAUCAAGCCGAGUCGCUCGACGACUUCAUUAAUGGGCAGCAAGCUGGAAAUCAAUCACCUCGAUCGAGAGCACCUUCUUCUCCAGAGACCACUCGACAGCGAGCUGUUACGAUGGAAUUGAGGCCAACUGCUGAUGACUCACCCUCUCCAGCCCUUUCGAAAGCUCGAUCUGCUGCUUCACUCGGCUCUUCACGAUCUUUUCCAGAAACUCGUUUCUCACUUGAUGAUGUUUUGUCGGACGAAUGGAGCUCCACGGUUCUCUGGGCGUAUCUGUACAGCUCUGCAGGCGGUCGAGACCCUCAGCACCAUCAGCGAAUGAGUUUCCUGGUUGAAACAACCUUCCGCAUCACACCACUCUACCGAAAACUGGCCGGAAGUAUGAAUGACACGACUGCGGACAGCGAGCGCGACUUCAUGAAGCUAGUCGUACGAUUGAAGCGCCUCCACUCCUGUUUCCUCGUGCAUAGUGGAGCUACCACGCACGCAAAGAGUGGAGUCCCGGUAGCGUCACCUGCAGCAAGCCACGCUAAAAAUCAGCUUGCUGUGGCGAUACACACCUUGAGCGACCAAAGAGCUCCAAACAAUGAGUUAACACUCGAUGCUCGAGUCGAGAAGGCUGUAUCGCUACUGUUUCAGCUUGCUCGUGAAGUUGAGCGCGAGUUUCGAGUGCUUGGUACCAGAAGUUAUGCGAGUUUUGCUGACAGCUUGCUGUAUCGCGACUUUGUUGGUCACGGAUCUGGUCACGGAAACAUCGCGGUGCUGCUGCGUGCGGCGCGUAUCCCCUUCUACCAGCAGCCUAACCGCGUGGCAGAUCCUAUUUCUUUGAUUGAUCUCGCUUCGGAGCCAGACUCGGCUGCAGCGACUGUUUUCUCACGAGCUAGAUGCCAAGCUUUUGUAGUCGCAGUAUUACCCGAUGGCUCCAUUCAGUUCACGAUCGUAUCUCCAAAUGUCACUGACGAAUCCACGCCUGAGCAGACAAUUUUGCAGCAGACGAUCGAGCCAUUCCUCAAUCCAUCCGCAAACAUCCACCCAGCCUCUUCAAAGCCUCUGGCAUUCAACUUUAUCGCUGGGAGUGGCGACAAGCUAGUUUAUGGCGCAGUAAUGUGGCUGCCUGUUGGUCAGAACGACACGACAGGAACGGAAGUACUUCCUACUGGUCUCUGCAUCGUCUCGAAGUUUUCACUGGUCGAUUCCAUGCGCCAUUUCCUCAGUGCCUUGUGGACGCGAUCAGGGGACAGCAUCAAGCUCUGUGGCGCGGAAACAACGUCUAUCUCUCCCGAAGACAUCGAGCAUGCCUCACUUGCCAUGGGUCAGCAUUUCCUCGCUGGAAACAAAGAGCUUCAAUUGGGUCAGCCCGAUAAUGUCCUGCUUCCGGCUGUCGACUUCAAACUCAGUGACCUCUUCGACUGUCUGUCGCUGACGAAUGUGCUUCGACUCUUUGCGUUCGCUUUACUGGAGAAGAAAAUCGUGCUAGUGGCCUCUAGUUACACGAUCCUCUUCUCGGUGUGCGAGGCACUGCGAACUCUGCUCUAUCCGCUCGUGUGGAGUCACGUGUACGUCCCCGUGCUGCCGCUCGCUCUCAAAGACUGUCUGCAAUGCCCCACGCCGUUCAUCUUCGGCCUGCACGACUCGUACGUGCGCCACAGCGACACGCCCCGACCUUCGAACGACCUGGUCAUUGUCAACCUCGAUCGCGACUCCCUUACAGGCGGAGGCGACGUCUUCCUGCCGCCUGUGCGCCAUUCAAUACUGCGAGAAGAUCUCUUCCGGCUCUGCAAGCCCCACUUGACCUCCCGUGACAGCGUAGACGGGUUCGACGCUCGCCCAACGGAAGAGUUCCCAGUGCUUUCUAUCCGUCGGUUGUUCCGCAAGCACCUACGCGAGAUCUUGGCGUCCUUGGAGCCCUGCGUCAACCGCUUCGAGCUCAACGGCCAAUGUGUGAGCGUGGUGGACAACGCCAACUCGAGCCAGUGGCCCGCAGACACCGCUCGCUUCUGCUCUGCCAUGCUGCACACCCAAGCUGUGUCCACGUACCUUGCUUCCCCUCAGUCGGAUGAUAUAGCGAAGGUCGAGCGGGUCUCUGCCAGCACAAUAAAAAAUAUUCUGUAA